UCGAGCGUCUCGCAAUUUAGGCGCUGCCGCUAGGUGUGCAGGGAACUGUAGUCCUCGUCGUCGUUUCCUGCCUCGGGGCGAUCCCUGACGGUUCCAGGACCUCGAAGAGAGGUCUCGGGAGAUGUAGUCCGGCUUGUGUCCUCCUGCCCGCUCUCGCGCUGCAGCCGGGGCGGAGGGUUCUGUCCGAGAUGGCGGCUGCGUGUCUUCGAGUUCCGGGUAGGCUGGGCGGGGGCAGAUGAUGAGCCACCCUGAAGCGGACGAAGCCCGUGCUUGGGGCCCCGGGGCCGAAGGCUUCCUCUCUGCUGCUGGGAGCCGAAAAGCAGGCUUAGUUGUGCCCUUCAAGACUCCCACCAGAUGCUUCCAUCGUAGCCACUGGGCUUUUAGAGAAUUACAGACAAAGCCACAGCCUGGUGAGCAAGUCUAUGAAGGAGAGGAAUAUAUCCCACGGGAGAAAGCCAGGAACCCCAUGAAGGCAGUUGGCAUUGCCUGGGCCAUCGGCUUCCCUUCUGGCAUCAUCCUUUUCUUCCUCACUAAGCGACAAGUGGAGAAGAAUCGUUUGAAACAGUUGAAAAUCCACCAAAAGAUUAAGGCAUCCAAUGAGGGAGAGUAUGCGAGAGAGCGGUACAAGUUGGCCACACGGAGACCAGAGGAAGUGACUGAAACAAACACUUAAGCUUUGGCUACAGUUGCAAUAUCCAAAGCUUCUAGUACUUAUGGUUAAGUAAUUCCUACUGUGCAGUUACUGGAAUUAAAAGAUGCUCUGAUGAAUUCUUCAGGCCCGGGUGGGACACAGCACAGCACUGCACCAGAUACAUACAGCAGGUUUCUCAUGUUGCCUUUGUAUGGAGAUAAGCAGCUGUCAUCAAUAAAUCCCUUUCAACCUCCAAAUCCUCUGCAUUUGAUGGG